AUGGCACACAGGGACUGCCUCGAGAGUCAGCAAUGUGUGGACAUGAAGUGUGCAGACCCUUGCCCUGGGGCCUGUGCCCACAACUCCUACUGUCAGAGAGCGACGACUGCCCUUCAGACAGGACUUGUGUCAAACAGAAGUGUGAAGACCCCUGCCAUAACGUCUGCAGCGGCAACAACACCAGUUGCCAGGUCCGCAACCACAUUCCUUACUGCACCUGCAAACAGGGGUUCUUUGGAGACCCACUCACUGCAUGUAAUUUUAAAACUUCAUACACAGUGCUUAGAGAACGACGACUGCCCUUCAGACAGGACUUGUGUCAAACAGAAGUGUGAAGACCCCUGCCAUAACGUCUGCAGCGGCAACAACACCAGUUGCCAGGUCCGCAACCACAUUCCUUACUGCACCUGCAAACAGGGGUUCAUUGGAGACCCACUCACUGCGUGUAAAGUACAACACGUUUCUGGAAGUUGGGCACCAUACCCAGGAGCAAAGAAGCGCUAUGAAGUGGUAUCCGACCAGUUAAACUGGUAUGGCGCUGUGAUUGAUUGUAAGAAUCGUGGCGGACGUCUUGCCACCAUCUUGAGUGACGAGGAGAACGAGAUGGCUAGGCAGAAGACCAAAGAGUUGGACUCAAUCGAUUAUUUUUGGGUGUCGGGGAUAAACAUUGACAAGAACACCACGUGGAUGUGGGCAACCACGGGGAGACCGUUCACGUUCACGGACUGGAUUGACAACCAGCCAGAUAACUGGAAGGGGAACGAACACUGUCUGAUGCUCAAUACCAAUGAUCUGGGCCACAUCUGGAACGACUAUGACUGCUUGUCAAUCAUCAACUACAUUUGUGAAUAUUAUGAUUGAGUGUUUCUGUAGGCUUUUAAGCACUAUAGUAAUUUCCACAAUCAAUCUUUUGUUUUUAGUUCAACAAUAAAAAAUCGAAAUUUAACCUUUUAACUAAUAAAAUCUUUGUAAUUAAACAAAUGUGUAAGUAUCAA